UUGACCCCGACAGAUGAGUGACGCGCAGGAGGCUGCGGCGGCCGCCGCCGCCCAAACCCUAGACGAGGACGACGCCGCAAUCGCGCUGCCCACCAUGUCCGCCAUGGAUCGUCUCCCCAUGGAGCUGCUCGCCGAGAUCCUCCGCCGCCUCCCGCCGCGGGGCAUCGCUACGUGCCGGGCCGUCCGCAAGGGCUGGCGCGCCGCCGUGGACUCCAACGGGCUGAUGCUCGCGGUGGAGCACCGGGUGCCGCACCACGUCGGCGGCAUCAUCAUCAACUUCUCCUACGAGGACCGGCCCUACUUCUUCCCCUGCGGGGCCGGCCCUACGGGCAUCGGCCUCAACGCCACGGCGCUCGAUUUCAUGAUCCCACCGGAGGUGGAAACGGGGCGGGGGAUCGUCCUCGACCACCGCAACGGCCUCCUCCUGUACGAGGGCGAGUACGCGUUGUACGUGUGCAACCCCGCGACGCGGCGGUGGGCGGAGCUUCCCCCUUUGCCCUCAUAUCGCCCCGGCGCCUAUUACCUCCUGUUCGACCCCACCGAGUCGCUGCACUACAGCGUCUUCUUCUUCCCCGAGCCCAACAAACAUGAUCAGUCGAUGGAAUGGCCGCCGUCUUCCUACAUGGUGAAAGUGUACUGCUCGAGAAGCGGCCAGUGGGAUGACAUGACAUUUGUCCGAGAAGGAGGUGCAACAACGGUGGCCAUGUGGGCAGAUCGAAUCAAUGAACGAAAGCGCCAUGCCGUGUACUGGCGAGGGGCAUUCUAUCUUCAUUGCCCCACUGGUUUCAUCAUAAGGUUUUCAUUGGAGAAGAAAACUUCUGUAGUCAUCAGAUCCCCGGAAGUAGCGGUGAUGCCUAAUAUUACUGUUUGUGAGCCUGAAAUGCAUCUUGGGAAAUCGAAACAUGGAGUAUACUGCACAACCAUCUAUGGAUCCCAACUUCAAGCAUGGGUACUACUUGAGGAAUCCAAACCAUGUCUAGUGCAUGAGUGGGAGCUAAAGUGUCAUUUUGGGCUUAUUCCCUCUUUUAAACGAUGCUACACUAGAGCGCAAGGGUUGGGUGAUGGAGAAGACAACGAGCUGGGUGAUGGAGAAGACAACGAGUUUGGUGAUGGAGAAGACAAUGAGUGGGACUCUAGUGGUGAAAGUCAUGCUGAUGAUUCUGGGGAAGAAGAAGAGGCUGAAGAAUUAGAUGAAGAUAUGGAACAACAUAUUAUAUUUAAUAAUGGCAUACGCUUUAUUGGGUACCAUCCAAACAAGGAGAUUGCUUUUCUGGUGACCCGUAGCUUAUAUGGGUUUGCUUACUACCUUGGUACCUCUAAGUUGCGCUACUUGGGAUCACUUUACCCAGAUGGAUGUUCUAAUCCUCAAUAUUUGGCCUUACAUAAGUCUUUCAUCUACACUCCUUGCAUGGAUGAUGUGCUUCCUACUUGCAAUGGCCCAUAAUAACAUGUACUCUAUCCUCUCUAUAGUAGACUGCUAUGUCUUUAAUCUAGUGUAAUCAACACUGCACUCUGCGGGAAUGUACUUGUACCAGGUGUUGAAAUUGAACAAAUGCUUUGGUGACGGAGCUUGACAAUUAAUGAUCAUCCAUGAAAUUUUCUUA